AUGCAGCGCGGCAACGACUACAUCUACCAGGCUGGCGAGGUCUAUGGGCACAACGUCGUCAUCGCAAAACUGCCGGCGGGCCAGGAGUACGGGACGGGCUCGGCGGCCGCGCUUGCAAGUCAGGUCAAGAAAUCCUUUCCCAACAUUUGGUUCGGACUACUUGUCAGCUUGGCGGCCAGCCUGCCCGCGCUGACGGGGCCUUCACCACGUGAUAUCCGACUGGGCGACGUUCUCGUGGCGCUGCCUGAGGCAAACAGCGUCGGGGCUGAUUGUGACGCGAACCUGAUUCUCCCGUACUACAACAAGAUCAAAAACGAGGCGCAUGACGGCAGCUGCGGGACUUUUGCCGAUCCGGGACAGGAUACAGACCGACUCUACGGGACCGACGCGGCGGGAAGACCGGCGAUUCAGAGACGGGAGCCUCGACCGGACGAACGAACGACGCACACGUAUCUGGUAUGA